CGACGCCUGUCUUCUCCACUGGCUCUGACGCCAGCGCAAUGAAGACUAAGAACAUUAACUUGCUCUUCGCCUUCGUUGCUAUCCUGCUCUUUGGCUUCUCGUGUUUCUGCAUCUCCAGGAUGAACCAAACCAAUAAUCAACUAAUUAACUGCAGAAACCAUGUUUUGGAGUUUAAGGAAACUGUGUUACGUUUAAAAAACAAAAGUGAAAAUAAUCGCCAAAAUCUAGCACAAUUCUUGCAUCAAAUGAAGCAAAAAAUUACCCAAACAACAAAAUCAUCAGGACACGUCCUUGAGAAGAAGGUAAACAUGUUGGGUCAGGAUGAAACACUUCCUAAUCAAUUUGAAGUCUUAAAGUUCUUCCUUCCUCAUCUAAGGACAGCAGGAAAGAUUUACCCAGAUAUAGCCACCAGCAAGGAGAGAGCCGGCGUUUCUUUUGCACUGGGAAUCUCCACCGUUAACAGAGGGAACCACACCUACCUGAAGCAAACGCUGACCUCCGUUCUCUCCAGAAUGACUCCCGGAGAAGAGGAGGACUCCGUGGUGAUCCUCUCUGUUGCUGACACUGAUGAAAGUUAUUUAAGAUCUGUUGUUCACAUGGUUAAAACCAAAUUCAGAAAGCAAGUGCAGUCCGGAGUCUUGGAGGUCAUUUCAAUACCCACCCUUUUUUAUCCUCAAACAUUACUGGGCAAGAAAACAAUAAAGGACUCAAAAAGUUGGCAAAUGAAACAAGUGUUGGACUAUUGUGUUCUGAUGCUGUAUGCACAGCCCAAGGCCACCUACUAUUUACAGCUAGAAGAUGACAUCAUAGCAAGAAAGAUGUAUUUUACAAAAAUGAAAGAUUUUGUAAAUAGUCUCACUUCAAAAGAUUGGUUUUAUAUUGAGUUCUCAGUCCUUGGACUUAUAGGAAAACUCUUUCGAUCGAAGGACCUGAUUGACUUUGUGCAUUUUUUCUUGAUGUUCUACGAAACAAAGCCCAUAGAUACACUUUUAAAUGACAUUUUCCUGCUUCGGGUGUGCAACAGAGGGGAGCCUUUUAGGAACUGUUUGCAGCAAAAGAAGGAAGCUCGAAUUCAGUACAGACCAUCUCUGUUCCAGCACGUGGGUACUCACUCAUCAUUUCAAGGACGAAAACAGCACCUCAAGGAUCAUUAUUACUAGGAUUUUCAUACAUCUUACAGCUUCUUUAAAAAUUACCAGACUCAUUUUUGGGAAAAAGGCACAGCAAAUAUCAAAUUUUCUCGAUGUUAUACUAAAGAAGAGACUACAUUAUUUAUUUUUUUUAAAUUCAGCCUUCAGUAAUAAAGUGAGUAUACAAAUUU